GAUCAUCUUGUACGACACUCCUACUCUUAGUUAUAAAAUGGCAGAGGACAAAUUGGAUGUAAUUAUAUUUGGAGCUACAGGAUACACCGGCCAAAUUGUAGUAGAAGAUGCCAUUGAAUUUUUGAAGGAUUUCAAAUGGGGUAUCGCUGGCAGAAAUGAGUCAAAACUACUAUCAGUAUUGCAAAUAGUCGCCAAUCGUGUUGGACAAGACCUAAGUCAGGUGCCCAUAAUUAUUGCUAAUGUUGCCGAACAGAAAUCUUUAGAAGAGAUGGCUAAAAAAUGCAAGAUUGUUUUAAACUGUUGCGGUCCCUUUCGCCUAUAUGGCGAAGCGGUUGUGAAGGCCUGCAUCGAUGCUGGCACCCAUCAUAUAGACAUUAAUGCCGAACCACAAUUUUCUGAUGGCAUACAAAUUAAAUAUCAUGAGCUGGCCCAAACCAGGGGGUCAUACAUAAUACCCAGUUGUGGGUUCGAAAGUAUUUGUGCUGAAAUGGCGGUAUUGUAUACAGAAAGAAAUUAUCCAGGACUCCUAAAUUCAAUUGAAUCAUAUUAUGAAACUAAUUUAAAUCAGCAGGAUAAAUCUUCCAAGGCAAUACUAAGCCGCGGCUCAUGGGAUAGCAUUAUCUAUUAUAUGCAAAAUUACAAAGAAAUUGCCAGUUUGCAAAAGCAACUUAACUAUGAAGUCAUGCCAAAUUUUAAGCCGAAAUUAAAAAUAAGAUAUGGUAUUCAUAAGACAAAGGGCUUGAAAACUUAUUUUCUGGAAAUACCUACACCCUCCCGCUAUAUAGUCCACAGAUCUCAACGUUUGCUAUUCCUGAAUGAAGAAAAGAGACCAGUCCAAUACGGAACUUACAUUGGAUUUCAUUCAUUUUGGUGGGCUCUAUUGGUGCCACUAAUAUUGGUUUUCGGUUUCAUUAUGACCCAUUUUGGCUUUACACGAAAGUUAUUGCUACAAUAUCCCAAAAUAUUCUCCCUAGGCUAUGUGGCGCAGAAGGGUCCACUUGAAGUGAAUCGCAAAGCCAUGGAAUUCAGCUACACCCUCAAGGCCAAGGGUUGGUAUAGAAGUAGCCCACAUGCACCACAUCCCACAGCGCAACUAAUUACAAGAGUUUCGGGUAAAGAUCAUUACUAUGGCAUAACCAGCAAAGCAUUAUUGGCAUGUGCCAAAACCAUUUUACAGGAGCAAGAUAAAAUGCCAGGAAAUGGAGGUGUUUUACCACCUGGUUAUGCUUUUGCUAAAACUCAACUUUUGGAUGAAUUUCGUAGCGGCAAAUAUGGCUUGCAUUUUGAGAUAUUGGAAAAGAAGUGGGAUUGAAUACAAUCCAAUAUAAAAUAUCAUAUUUUAUGCAAAGGUCAUAUAUAUUGGGUUGCCCAAAAAGUAAUUGCGGAUUUUUUAAAAGAAAGUAAAUGUAUUUUUAAUAAAACUUAGAAUGAACUUUAAUCAAAUAUACUUUGUUUACACUUUUUUCUAAAGUAAGCCAAAAGUAACAGCUGAUAACUGACAGAAGAAAGAAUGCAAUUACAGAGUCUCAAGCUGUGAACAAAUUUGACAACGCCGACUAUAUGAAAAAUCCGCAAUUA